CGCGCAGACGACGAAGACGUCUGUCACUGACCUACUUUCUCCCUUUCGGACCUGGUACGAAGGAUCUUGGCGCAGACGUGACAGUAGUAAGACUAUCAGUGUGUUCAAGCGUGGACGUACGGUGGCAAGUAAGUGAAUUCAGUUCCUGACAUCGCACCUGGACUAUUUUCUACCCAAAGACAUUUUCCGCUUUGAAUUUCUAGACGCACACACUCACACGAGCUGGGAUUUCGUCGUUUUCAGAAUGCGCGCCAUAGUGACUCUCUUCCUGCUGCUGGUGGUUGUGGCCUUGACCCCUGGGUCACGUGCCGAUGACGGCGAUGGCGACGACAGUAACAGCCAUGGCAUCCUGUGCCGCAGCGCCUGUGACGUCGCCCAGGACAAGACAGGGGAGGCCACCCAGCUCAUCAAGUACAUGUGCCGCUGUCUGGGAUGGGAGAAGUUCUCGACGACCGCCUUCCCCACCACCAUCACCCCACGCCGCGUCAAACCAGUGACCACAGACCUCCCCAGCUCCCCACCGGAAGCGACCACCAACAUCUGCGACUACCUGUGCUCCGUGCAGCUGGGUGGUGAUGCCUGCCAGUGCAGUAACCCCAGUCUGCCCGGGAAGAAGUAGUCGGCGGUUCGAACCCCGCCCGAAACGAUGCUCUCACCACAGAAUCGUCGGCGCACCUAGCUAGACAUCUAGAACGUACCGCUGUUUGAACGACUUGUCCCGACACAAGGGGCGCUGUCUGUUCCAAAGACGUAGAGCUGAGACUUCCGGUUGUUGUUUUAUGUCGUGAAUGUAUCCAAUACAAGACGGAGCAUCUUUCGCAAACGUUUGACUUUUGUUUGAGGUCUCUGUUUUGAAUCCAAUGGCUUUUUAAAGACUAUAUACAAAGUCUUCACAUAAUUUAUUCUUCCAUACGUUUUGCUUUGUCGGUUGUUGAUACUUUAUACGGCCUGUCCGGGUGCGUUUUGGAAGUGGCUGUUUUUUGUUGUUGUUUUUUUUGGUGCUUAUUUUCCCUCUUCAUAAAAGAGAGUAGGGGCAACUAUUUUGUUGCACUUAUUGUUGUGUUUAUUGUUUCAUUUUGCUGGGGAUGUUUUCCUCUUUUGGGAAAUUGGGAACAACUGUGCUUUCGCACCUUCCUGCUUUUAAUUUCAUUUCUUUUCAUUUCCUUCAUUGAUGUUGGUUUUAAAUAAAAGCACAUCCAAUAUC